UUUCGACCUCAUAUUCCUAAACUCAUAAUGCACUUCUUUGGAACCGGCGCUAUUGCUUCAUUUUUGCUCUUGGCCACUGCUGCUCAAGCUGCCACUGUCUGCACUGUGAAAACUUCCAGCAAAGGUGAUGAUGCUGUUUCGAUCAAUGCUGCCUUUGAGUCUUGCAAGAACGGUGGUACUGUCGUCUUCCCUGCCGGAGCCACCUUUAACAUGAAAUCGGUUGUUUCUGCUUCUGGCCUCAAGGGUGUCACUGUAAAGUUUGACUCCACCGUCAACCUUCCUGCCUACAACACCGCAUUUGCUAAAGAAAAGGCCUACUUCUAUCUUGCCGGUGACAAGAUCACCUUUUCUGGAAAGGGUACCUUCUAUGGAAAUGGUCAGGGAUGGUACAAUGCCGCCAACAAGAAUGCACCCGUUGUUUUCAAACCUAAAGCUUCCAACUCUUACUUUGGUGGUUUCACUAUCAAGCAGGCUCCUCGCGCUCAUUUCAGUGUUAACGGAUGCAGCAACACUAUCUUUGAGAACCUGACCAUCAACACCGUUUCUUCCAAUGCUAAAUACCCUGCUAAGAACACCGAUGCCUUUGAUGUUUCUGCAUCAAGUGAUAUUACAAUCCGUAACUCCAACAUUGUCAACGGUGAUGAUUGUAUUGCUGUCAACGGCGGUGUCAACGGCUUGACCGUCUCUGGCCUUACUUGUACUGGUAGUCACGGUUUCAGUGUUGGUUCCCUUGGCAAGGAUGGCAAGACUGAUGUUGUGUCUAACUUGAAGUUCUUGAACAACAAGUGUAUCGAUUGUCAGAAUGGUGUCAGAAUCAAGACCUGGCCUGGAGGAAAAGGCAGCGUUACUGGAAUUACCUUUGAUAACAUCAACCUUCAGAAUGCCGAGAACCCCAUCUUGAUUACCACCCAUUACUGCGAUAACCAGAAGUCUUCCAGCUGCACCGGAAAUGAUGCUACUUCUUUGAGCAUCAGCGAUGUCACCAUCAACAACGUCUAUGGUACUGUAUCCUCUUCCAAGAAGAAGUCCAUCUUAAGCAUUGACUGCUCUACUGGAACUCCUUGCAAGAAUUUCAACCUUUCCAACAUCAAGAUCACUGCUGCUUCUAACACCCCUAAGAACGUAUGCAAGAACCUUUCUGGCUCUAGCUCUAUCUCUUACUGCAAGUAAAAAAAAUAGACUUCAUUCUCUAUACCCGUUAUAAGUAGCGUUUAAAUUAUUAUCAUUAUUCUGUCUCUUUUUAAGAUUAUUAAAAAGAAUAAAAUAAAAUAUAUACAUUUUUAGCAUG